AGUACAAAGAUUAUAGUUUCUAGGGUGACAUCUUGAAAAGAUUGUCCAAUUUGCUACACGUCAUUAAUGCAAAUUAACUCAAACUUAGAUGUUCAAUAAAUAUUAACUUGCCUUUCAACUCUAUUAUAAUUCUGAUAUUCCAUAGUAUUGUAAAACAUGGGAACAAAACCAGAACCAAAAGACGAAAAAUUCGAAAACGUUAUCAGCGGCCUCGAAAGAGCAAACAUUAAAUUCUACCAGUUCUCACUGCUUGUGUUGUAUCCAAGAGGAGCCUGGAAGUACUACAACUACAUUGUUCUGUUUGUAUUCGAGAUAUUGUCAGUCUACUUCAUCAUAGCCGGGGUAAUAACUAUUUAUCUACAAAUGCACAAUAUUUUUGCGGUUUUCGAAGUAGCCAACGCACUUCUCAUCUCACUUGCCAUAUUCAUAAACCUUGCCGACUUCCAUGUGAUUAGCAAAAGACGACUUCUGUGGUACAGGCUGUUCAGUUGCUGCAGGGACGAUUUGCACAUAUAUGACUGCGAGUCUGUCAAAACUGAGAUGGCCAGACUUCGUUCACUCUUUAGAAAUUUUAUGGAGUGGUUUUUCAUUAUUGCUACCUCCGGUCUAUUCUCAAUUAUAAUUUUAAUGUUCAUUGUAAUACCGAUUGCUCGUUUCAUUUUCGAUGAGCAACAAGUCACAAAAAACACGGCUUUCAAUAUCUACCUACCUCUGCCCUGGUGGUCUAUUUUCAGUACAAGAACCGUUCUAGGGUUCGCUGUGCAAUACUCAUUAAUGCUUUUCAUGGCGUUCAAUAUUAUUGUAAUUUUUUUAGUGUACGUGUCAUCUGUGUUGUAUUUCAUGGUAGAGUUGAUUGUUCAGUUCAAAAUUUUGUGUUUUGCUCUAACCAAACAUGAGGAACGCAUCGAGAUUAUCAAGGGGAGAACAAAUGAUCGAGAAAGCUUGUCAAUAUCGACCAAGGUUGCUCAGAAUGUCGUAGAUCAAGUCUUGAAAGAAACGAUCAUUCAUCAUCUUAAGAUCAGGGAGUUUUUCAAUAUGGUCCAAGAGUUCACGUCUUUUUUCUUCGCUCUAGUUCUAAGUGCGAACAUGCUAGUUAUUGUAGCAUUAUCUGUCAUUUUGACUAAAAUGGACUCACUGAUGACGAUGGAAGGCAUGAAAUUCUGUUUAAUACUGGCUGUCGAAUUACUGCACAUUUUCUGCUUCACCUACUGUGGGUCGAUGCUCAUUGAUGAGAGCUCUAACGUUCGCGAAAUGCUGUACAGUGUCCACUGGUAUAGCUUCAACUCAAACCAGAAAAAGAUUCUUAACAUCUUCCAGGUGCAAACCGAAUCUACGUUUAUGCUGUCUGCUUCUGGAAUUUAUAAUAUCAAUCUCAACAUGUUUCUACAGAUUAUGCAGACUGCUUACUCGGUUUUCAAUGUAUUUAGCAAUAUCAAAACUUGAGAGAAAAACAGCUGAAUAUUCAAACUUGAAGCAAUUAUGCUUAGUAUUGUCAACACAACAUCAUAAGAUGUUGAUAAUAAUAAUUGAUCUAAGUAAUAAUAAUUGAUGAAAAAAACAAAUGAAGAAGCUUCAAAUGUAACUAAAUAGUUUCAAUUUCAUUGCAAAGUUAUCUGUUAAAUAUUAUUCUAUUCUGAGGAUAAUUACACUGAUUGAAAUAACAUGUAAAAUUAUUGUUCUUCAAUUUGAUUAUAAUGAAUUUGAAAUGAACUCACAAAUAAAUUCAAGAGGUUGUUGAAUUAAUACCCUUCGUUCUGAAAAAAAACAUAGGCUACAGAAAUGAAAAUCAAAUUAAUAAAAUUAAAAAAAACAAAACAUAUCUUAACUGUAUAUUAUACAUUAUUAAAUUCUAAGGUAAAAACACUUUUAUGCCAAAUUAGCAGAAAAUGUUAUUUAUUGAAUUAAUAAUACAUGGGUUAUUAGAUGUUGUAUAUUUUUUGUUCGUAUAUUUGAUGUUUUAUAUUUUUUGUAUUUUAUUUUAUAUUGUAAGUAGACUAUGUUCAAGUUUAUUUGUAU